AUCUGUAAAAGAUAAAAUUAUUGAAUUCUCCCCUCGUUAUCCAAUCCCCUCCAUGAGAACAUUUUGGUAUCACAAGAAUGUGGAGUAGGCGUGUCUUGGAGAAAUUUUCUGUCACUUGUCAGUUGUCAGAUGUGCAGUUGGGUGGCUACAGACAUCAGUGCUAAGGGUGGCUAGGGGUGACCAAAGACACGGAGGAGUAUUCCGUGAAGGUAUCUAACAAGGGAUUGUGUUUAACGAAUGUGUAAUUUAUCUGCGUUGAAAGGAGGGUACCAUCCCACACGAUGAUACUGUAUAAAUUGUCGAUAGAUACGAUACGUCGUAUUUCCCAACGUAUUUUGAACCGCGAUCAGCAACUGUGGGCAUCAUCAUGACAAACGUAAAGAACGAUAAACAUUUUUCCACACAUUACGUCAUUUUGGAGGUUAACUGUCACCAUCGCAUAAAAAAUUGGUGCUAACAGAGCAAUGGAGAGGUACAUGUACUUGUGGCGAGGUCGUGAUAAGAUAUCUUACACAUUUGGUGAUCAGCCGAACGGCCUUGUCUGCAAACUAGCAACUGUCAAAGACCACGUAUUUGUUUCAACCACCACGAACAAUCUCUAUCACGGUGUUGUCACUCAACUCGAUCCCAAAUCUCAGUGUUCUUUAACAUUUAAAAGGGCGCAGUUCUAUGCCGUAGAUAUUACCUCUAACUCGGAACACUUGUUCGUUGUUAACAACGAAGGACAAGUCCUCAAAGUCAAUCCAGAUGACUUGACUAUUCUCGACACCAUCACAUUACGAGAGGAUUCUAAGACUUGCAGUCAUGGAUACAAAACGGAUAAUGAAUUGGUCAAGGUAAAGUCUCUAGCCGUCAGCGACAAUGCGAUGCUAUUUAUCGCUGAAAAUGGCCAGCUUUGGGCUAGCGGAGACCAGCCACAGAUUGAUAUUAACACAUCUGAGCCAAGGAAGGUGACAUUUUUUGACGGUCGAAUAGCGUCUGGCAUUGCCUGUGGUUCCAACUUCAAUGUGGCACUUGUCAGAAAGGUGAUGAAGACUAUAAAGGAUGACACGGAUAGCGAAAAUGAUCUGGAGGAAGAAGUGUUUGUUAGUUCUUGUCCUCAUUGUGUAAGCGAUGUUAUGUUGAGUCCAGCUAGCCAGCCAUCGACCGAUACCUGUCCCCUUGGUUUGCAUGUUAGGCAAUCCAGUGAAGAUCAUUCCACUAUUUCAACUAGUGCGCCAUCAACAGCUAGCAAAGACCAUGAUCACGGUUUGCAUCUCGAUGAUGAAAAUCAAUUCGAGGAUACUUCCAAGCUUCUGACAAACGGUGAUGAAAGCUCUGAUGGUUUAACUGUGAAGCUUGAACGAGAAGAGAAGAAGAAUGUUAUUUUCAUAAAUACAGAAGCUGCUAGGCAAUUUUUAACAAGACAAUUAUCAUGGGUUUCAUCUUAUGGAAAUGCAGGAGAAGAGUUGCUUGCUGAAUGUGCAGACAAACCUACUAGGAUAUUAAAACAAAAUGUAUCUAACAUGGCCAAUCUGGUUUAUGAAGGUGUGAAAACUGUGGGUGAUAAAGUGGUUACACUCUCCCGACACAUGAGUGGUAGUUCGGACACUAAUGAAGCGCAAGACAACGGCCACGAAGGUUUCGAGGAGCUUGGAAAAGAGGAGACUAAACCGACAGCUACUAGUCUAGCUAACAGUCUUCGCUGCGAAGAAUUUCCUUGGUCGUCAAGUGCCGGAACUUCAGAACGAGAAUUAUCAGAACAGGGACUAAAUGAGAGAAUAAAUUCCUUGGUUCGUACAGGCAAUAACUUGCUUUCAACCGAACUCUGGACUUGGGGAGACGUUCAGUAUGGUCAACUCGGGACUGGAGAUAUUGUUAAGAGACCUAGGCCAGUUUUAGUUACAAAAUUAAACAAUUUGGGUGUAAAAAAGAUUGUAUGUGGCAGCUUCCACAUUCUUUCGUUAACGUUAGAUGGUAGAGCUUAUGCCUGGGGAAGAAAUAAUUCGUCGCAAGUUACACCGCAAUCACCCACAGAUCAAAGCUCACCAAAAUUAUUCAUUAGCCCAAAUUUGUCUCCAACUGAGAGAGCAAGAAAUAUUGCUGCUGGAGAUAAACACACAUUGAUUAUGACGCCUCUAGGAUUAUAUUUCAUGGGAAAAUAUAGCUCGGAUAAGACAGGGGAACUGGUGAAAAUGGAAAUACCAGAAGAUUUGGGGUACAGUCCAAAACAUAUCCUCAGCUCGGGAUUGUAUAGUUGCUGUACGACGAUAAAUCAGCCAACUUGUAACAUAUCAUUAGAGCUGAGAAACGAGCAGAUAUUUCUGGAAGAGAUGCUGGCAGUUUAUCAGAACUUGAUAAAACCAUUUCAGAAGAAAGGGGGCGCGACACAAGAAUCAAACGUAUAUGAAACCCUGUGUCAGUGUUACACAGAGCUAAUAAGUUUCACAGCGUUGAACGUCCUGAGUUUAUGGGAUUAUUACGACCACAUCGGUGAAGCUUAUGAGGUUUUAGUUGUGGCUAGCAUAGAGGAAUACAUAACUGUGUACAAACACUAUCUAAAUGCAAUAUGCGAUGUCGUAUCUUUGGGAGGGUUCACACAUAUAGCCAGAAUAAUUGACGUACCCCAAAUUCUGACUAACAUAUUUAUGGAUGAAGUCAAAGGAAGUAAGGCAAAAAAAGCAAACAACGAAACAAUCAUUGCACUAGCCUUACAACACCCAUUGAAUAGACUGAACAGGUAUACUGCGCAUAGGUACAAGGCCAUGAUACAGAGCCUAAUAAGAAUCAACGGACCUAAAUUAGGAAUAGAAAGACUCCAGGAAGCUCUUGGAAAAUGGGAACAAAUAUGCGAUGAACAGGAUCGCCGGCAGAAAGAAGCUGAAACUACUAAACAAUUUUGGGAAAGCUCUGGAAAACUAGUCGAGUUAUUGAGAUCACCGGACAGAAGAUUAAUUAGAGAAUCUAGAACGCAUCCAAUAGCAGUAUUAAAUUCCAGUAGAUUUUCAACUCACUGGUUCGUGUUAUUGACCGAUAUCUUGAUCCACGUUAACGGAACUUCUCACACGGUGCAUCCCUUGCCUACGCUCUGGGUAGAACCUUUACAGGACACAGACACCCUACAGGAGCAUGUUGCAUGGCGAAAGUUGAUGAAAAGAGGAUUGAUAUCGAAUGCCUUGUCCGUAACAACACCGGAGGACAGUUUGGUGUUGUAUACGCCAACUCCGGGUGAACGUACAGAAUGGUUACAAGCUUUACAAACUGCUAUAAAACGCAGUCUUCUGAGAGUGGUCGGUCACGUUCCACCUUUAGUUCGAUCAAGUUCGUUCGCUUUCACUAAACACAGCAUUUACAAAGAUGCCAAGUAUACUGGGCGAUGGUUAAAUGGCAAACCACACGGUGCUGGAAAAUUAGAAUGGACGGAUGGACGAAUGUAUGUCGGGCAUUUCAAUCGGGGUGUUAUACACGGUAUAGGGAAAAUGGAAAUACCUACUCAAGGGAUAUAUGAAGGGCAAUGGAAGGAUGGUCAACAGAACGGUUAUGGCACGAUGAAAUACAUCAAUGGAGAUAUUUAUGAGGGAUAUUUUAAAGAUGGAUUGCCGCAAGGAUAUGGCAUCAAAAAAGAAGGCCAUUUCAUGGCAUCCGUUGCAUCGAUCUACAUCGGGGAAUGGGUGGCUGGAUUAAAACAGGGCUAUGGCGUUAUGGAUGACAUCACAACCGGAGAGAAGUAUCUAGGUUCUUGGAGCAAUAAUAUGAAGCACGGAUGUGGCCUAAUUGUGACGUUGGACGGCAUAUAUUACGAAGGGGUAUUCAUGCAAGAUAUUUUAACGGGCCAUGGUGUGAUGAUUUUUGAAGAUGGUACUCAUUACGAAGGGGAAUUUCGAUCCGCAGGUGUUUUCAGUGGAAAAGGCACGCUAACCUUCAGCAGUGGAGAUAGGAUAGAAGGUAGCAUGAAUGGAGCUUGGAACGAAGGAGUGAAAAUCACAGCUACUCUGCAUAUGAACGUCGCAAAUGGAAGCUCGCAUGUAAAUGCCAAACCUAUGUCUUUUGGAAAGCUUUGCGUGCCCCCGGAUCAAAAAUGGAAAGCAAUAUUUCGUCAGUGUUAUCAGCAGCUUGGGGUUUCGGAGCCUACCGCUAAGAAUAAUAAUACAGCAGCCAGUAAAAUUGGGGAAACUCAAAGAGCGUGGCAAAAUGUUGCGGUGGUUAUAACAAACUCGCAUCAAGAUACGGUACAAAAAAAAAAAGAUCUUGCCAGUGAUUUGACCAGCAGCGGAGAAAGACAUCGCAACAAUGUUGACCAUUUAGAAAGAAUACCACAGUUUGGAUUGGAUAAUUUAACCAUCUCAACUUAUGGUGAAGUACAUGACUAUUUGAUAAAAGCGUUUGAAAGUAUUCACCAUCCUCUCGGAACUUUAUUAAUCGAAGUAGCAGCGGCGUACACAGCUACCUACGGGGGCGUAAGGGUACACCCGUUAUUGCUCAGUCAUGCAGUUUCAGAGCUACACAGUAUUACCUCAAGAAUCUACUUCGUCGUUACCCUGCUAUUUCCGGCAUUACCACCCGGUGGACAAGAACUUGUACUUGAAUCCGAAGAUGGUGAGGAAAGUAAAGUUGUAAGUGCCGCAGCAAUUCUCCAUCCUGUACUUCUUCCGCGCGUCCAUUCAGCGCUUUUUGUCCUUUAUGCCUUGCAUAAUAAAAAAGAAGACGAUGCCUAUUGGAAAAGAUUGAUGAAGUGGAACAAACAACCAGAUAUUACCCUGAUGGCUUUUCUCGGGAUCGAUCCGAAGUUUUGGAAGAACGCCACCAACCAUCUUGCGGAUAAUUCUUUGCCCGGUGACUCUGAGCAGCUGUUCAUAGACGCGGUUGAAACCCUGCAACAGUUAAAAACGACUUUUUCUCCACUCGAAAAAUUACUUGUCAUCAGAAAUACAUUCGAACAAAUGACUCAGGCAGUUCAAAGACAGCUUGGCUCUACUUAUCUCUGGACAAUGGACGAACUCUUCCCAGUUUUUCAUUUUGUUGUUGUUCGGGCGAGAGUUUUACAACUUGGCAGUGAAAUUAAUUUUGUGGAAGACUUCAUGGAGCCCUACCUGCAGAAUGGAGAACUGGGGAUCAUGUUUACUACUUUAAAGGCUUGCUACUACCAAAUACUCCAAGAAAAAAUAAGUAUGAGUAAUUAAAACUUCUGAAAUACGUAACAAAUAACUGUAACCGAAUGUAAUUACAAGUGGCUCGCACAAGUGGUGUGUUGCAUUUUGGAUGUAGAAGCGACAUGAUAUAAUAUAUUUUAUUUAUUUGCAUUUGAUGUGAUACCAAGUCGUGAUAUUCUUCAAUAAAGCUUUGAUUAAUGUUAGGGUUCAUUAUAAAUUGUAAAUAGAUGAUUAAACGCAAGGAAAGAAUUGACAUAUCAAAAACAAAGUAAAAUGUUUGUUUCUUCGAUUUUAGUAUAUAGAAACAGUUUAAAGAUACGUCUUCCCGAAAUUUACUCUUUUCCAUUUACAUAUUUCACGUCAAUCACGUUGCUCACAAAACACCAUUACCAUACGGAAUCCUUGCUAUGAUCAGAAAAUAUUCUCAACAAAAUUCGUGUCUGCAGCAAUAUUUAAUUGACCUUUUUUUUUAUUCAGUAUUAUUGAUAGCAUUUACGUCUUUGUUUAUAAAAUAUGUACUUUUUUUCUUUACCGUCAAAUCUUACUGGUAUAAAUAUGAAGAAAAGUAAUUUCACGAUGAAAUCAAAAAUAUGAGAUAAUAGUUAACACAAAAGUUAUUGUUCAAGCUGGCAGCAGAUCGCCAAGAUAAAUUUUUUUCGGGGCUAAAACAUCGGGAACUAAUCUCAUUCUAUAUUUGAAACAGUCUUUAUGAACUUGGCAGUUAUUUUUAGUGAUAUCUAUGGUAGUGCAAAAAAUCUGUGAUCAGUUUCCAAAAUGCUAAUAACUGUCUGUCCGGUAUGAUGAAUAUUUCGAGAGAAUUCAAAUAUUGAAUCAGAUUACUUGAUUGCACCUUAUUAAUCUCGUCGUGAGUAAAAUAGUCGUGAGAAACAAAAAGUUCCAAACAUUGGCCUAAGCUUACCGAUAUCUAAAAUUUCGUUAGAACAUCAACGAAACUGUACCUCUUAACUUAUUAUAGAGAGUGUUAUAUCCAGAAAGUUGGAAACACUUGAAGGCAGGCAAUCUUACCGAUAAUAUAGUGUUAGUCAGACGUUGCUAGAAACAAAGCGAUCGACUCAUUUGUAAGAUAUAACUUUCCAUGUGAAUAGAUGUUAUCCUAAUUAAAAAUAUUACCGUUUCUAUAGAAACCUAUAGUCUGUGUGUUAUUUAAAAUUAUUUUGGUUUUUUUUUUGUUUUCUUAUCUUUUUUUAAAGAUCUAAUUUUUUGUCAAACUAACAAAUACAUACAUACAUUCGUAAUGCAUACCCAUAUGUAUAUGGCAGAAAGUUAUGAUAUAUUUAUAUUGAUAUCAUGACGAAAUGUACAGUGUUUAGUAAUUACAGUGCGUCCAGUAAUAAAGUGGUGUGAUCACUCGCUAUUCAUUUGAAAAGAGAGUGAUAAGAACACGUCGAAGUUCUAAAAAAAAGCCUUAAAUUUUUGGAUCAUAAUCAAACUGCAAUGAUAAUAAGUCAUAAACUGGAGCAAUUCUUGGAUUAUAUGAGAAAUGGAAACAAUACCUGUUACAUAAUAUACCUAUACCUAUAAUACAUAUAUAGAGAGAAAAAAAAAAAAUUAUUGACGUUAACACAUACAAAACUUCCUGUGAUACCUUUGCUCUGGACACCCUUUGAUUAUAACGGAUAGUGAAUAUGAUUCUAUUUUUCUCUUCGUCUUAAUUUAUGUUUGCAUCAAGUAACUGCUUACGUGCUCUUUUGACGUGUUUAAAGAAAAAAACAAACCAAAUGAAAGAAAAAAUGAAAAAAAAAACAAAACAAAGAAAACAAAAAAAAAUACUUCUAAAACUUCUACAUUUAAUUAUCAAAGAAAACGUGUAUCGGACUAAGGAAAUAGAUAAAAUUCGCGUUAUAGAAAGAGAAUUCAUUAUCCUAUAAACAGAUAAGCAAUUUUAUGUGCAGAUCGUAGCAUGUACCUGAAAUCAUGAAUAUCAGAGGCUAACAAUAAGUACAUACAUUAGAUUAUAAAAUUAGUCACAGGAAUACUCAUCUUUGAAAAUAUUUUCUUCUAUUCCAAAAUGACAAUCAACAUCGUCACAAAGUAUGCGUGAAAAAUUAACUCAUACAGCUAAGAAUCUUGAAUAUCAAACGAUAUUCUAUGUAGCUGUAAAAUAACGAUUCGCUGAACAUAAUGAGUGUCGUUAGCAUCACUCAAAGAAAAUUAUUAUCGUUCUACACUAUUGUAAAUAAAAAUUUUCUUUCGUUGUUGAAAAUUUCGUCUCUUCAAUUUUCUGCAUGAUCCUUUGCAAAAUAUAUUCCGCAACUUCCAUCAAUUAGAUAAUUUCGAUCAAAGAAGAUACAAAAUAACAACAACCGGGUUCAUAGGGCCCCUUGGAUCUGAGGAUUAAUAUAAAAGUAGAUGUAGAACUUCAAGAUUAUCAAAUAUAUAUAUUUUUUUUAUUAAACACAGAAUCACAGAGCAAACCGGACAUAUUGGAGGGGUGGGAAAGAUUACAUUUGUUUUUCUAUUGGUACUCGAAUCGCAAUGUCUCCCUUGGAUAUAUUAUUAUAAUUAACAUCAUCAUCAUCAUCACAAUCAUUAUCAUUAUUGUUGUUAAUAUUAUGAUUAUUAAUCUUACUAUCAUUAACAUCAUCGUCAUUAUCGUUAUCGAUAUUAGCAGUGUCAUUAAAUGAUCGUAGAUAGUCAUGAAUGUUAUCUGUUUUUUAAUUUUUUUGUAUUAUAAAAGUGUAUUUCAAAAUAAAAAAAUAAAACAAAAUAAAAAGCGAGACUUUGCGAGACGAGAAGCAUACUAAAGUAUUCAAUAAAAGUUCUUAGCAAGAAUUUAGAUUUAUUUACAAAUCAAGGCAAUUUGUUAAUCAUCUAUAUGUAUAUGUCCAACUCUCUCGUUUCGUUAAAAAACACUUUAUGACAAAAUUUUGUACAAUAUAUUAUCUCAAAUCCUUAUAAUCCAGGGUUUAUUAUUUUUUUUUCCUUUUUUAAGUUUUUUUUUCCUUUUUUUUUUUAUAAAUCUGUUUGUAUAUAAAAAGUUAUGACUCCGUGCAUCGUCAUUCAGCUAACGGGCGUUUCGAGAUAUACCUAUGUCAUCUCGUCAAAUAUGUGAAUAUGUGAUUACAUAAAUACAUUAAGGGGGGGGGGGGGGGGGGGGGGGGAGUAAUUA